AUGUCACGCCACGGCCGAGCUCAUCAACAUGACUCUGAAUCUGUCGCAUCAUGGGGAAUACAUUUGGAAACUCUACUUCAGAAGGCUACAGACAGAGGAAGUCGUAUUGAUGUCCACACCAGGGAUAGUAUCCUAAGGAACAGGUUCUGGACCGGACUUGUUAGAGACACUCUGAAGAAUGCCACAAGACCUGCUUUCCACUCUGGACAAGGAUUUGAAGACCUUAUACAGACUGUCAGGGAGAUAGAGCAUGAGCUUCAGGAUCGUUCCCUGCAUGUACACAAGUCAAAGGUCAAGGUUAUUCAUCAACCUAAGGUGACUGAUCCACAACAGACUUCAGACUCAGAUUCUCCUUACAAGAUAGCACAACAGUUAUCAGAGGUUAUCAAGAAACUGGACAAGUUGGAACUUAGGCGACAACAGCCACCACCACCACCACCUCCUGUGGAGAAUAAAAUCUUGAGACAGAUCUUGGACCGACUUACAGUACUAGAGGCACAGAGGGCACUCCUGCUGCUGACAGUUUUCAUCCAGUUAGAGGUCGAAUUAGGUGGUUCCAUGAUAACAUCCGUAAGUGAAGCAUACUACCAGUCAACACUAUCUGAUUUGGAACGCAAGUCAUUAACAGAGAUUGAACUUGACAUCAUGGGUGCUGGAGACAACUUGAUUCCCUACACAGGUUAUAUUGAGGCUCCUAUCUACAUUCCUAUUUAUGAUGUUGAAUAUUUGAUACCAGUGUUGAUCACCAAGGACACAGAGUACAACCAAAGAGUUCCACUUUGCAUUGGAGUGAAUGUCAUCAAGCGUCUAAAGUCUGAUUUGCAAGAUACCUCGAAGGACGUGCCAGAUGAGUGGACAACAACUCUGAAUUCCAUCUGUCACAAGGGAGUAUUGGGUACAGUCAAGUCAACUAGGAAUAAGCCUAUAGCCAUUCAACCUAAUCAGAUGAUCACCAUCACCGGUCUU